AACUCUGCCUCAAACAUGCUCUUGACGUUUUGGACUACGGUUGUUUCUUUUCGCGGUUAAUAAGCAAGUUUAGUUUGAGAUUUUGAGCUUAUUUUACAAGUAUUUCCAAAUGGCCUCAGUGGCAGCAUUACGUGACUAUGGAAGUAGUGACGAUGACAGUGGAAGUGGCGAAGAUUCCCAUCUUAAUCCCAUUAAUACGACUGAAUUGGUCAACCAGAAGUUGGUCGUUUCAGUAGUUGCAGCACCCGACGUUUUACCGAAUGAAGAAUUAGAUCCUUUACGACAUGUGGAUCCGACAUCCAAAGAACUGCUUUAUAAUCCCAAAGCAGAAGAACUCUAUGCACCUACACUCGGACCAGAUUGUCCAUUCAAAACAGGGCAGCAAAGAGCACACAGAAAUACAGUAGCUGGAUUUGUCGAACCUGCCCACUUGAGUGAAUUUCAAUUUGAAGCCCAAAGAAAAACUUUCACCAGUUUUGGUUAUGCCCUAGAUCCAACAGUUGGUCUAACUCAAAAUGAAGGAAAUAGUUAUGUUGGAAACAUUGAAUCAGCUGAAUCUUCCUCUGGCCGAACAGUCUUUGAGAACCCCAAUAGACCAGAUCCCAGCAGAGCUACAAAUAAGAGAAAAUUAGAAAAGAAUGAUGAUUCUGCUGAUUUAGAAGGAUACAGAGGACCAUGGGCACCAUAUGAAAAUGAAAAUCGAAGUGCGAAGCCUUCAGAGGCUGACAAGGAAGAACUUGAUGCAUAUUUAGCCAAAAUGAAGAAAAGGGGUAAACCCAGGUAUGAGGAGAAAGCAAUUGAAGAAAAAACAACUCUCCAUAUUGAUGACCCUGUGGACUACCAAGGCCGAAACUUUUUACACGCACCUCAUGACAUAGGCGUCAACUUACGUUCAGACGCCCCACCUAAUAAAUGUUUCAUCCCGAAAAAACAGAUCCACGCCUGGACAGGACACAAUAAGGGAGUGGCGCAGAUUCGGUGGUUUCCUAAGACUGCUCAUCUGCUCCUUUCGUGCAGCAUGGAUGGAAGAGUCAAGAUCUGGGAGGUGUACAAGGACAGAAGAUGCGUCCGCACUUAUUUUGGCCAUCGGCAAGCUGUGCGAGACAUAAGCUUCAACAACACUGGCGAUAAGUUCCUUUCUGCAGCGUAUGAUCGUUACAUCAAAUUAUGGGAUACAGAAACAGGACAGGUUAUUUCUCGAUUUACGAAUAAGAAGGUGCCCUACUGCGUCAAAUUCAACCCUGAAGAAGAUAAGCAACAUCUUUUCGUUGCUGGAAUGGCGGAUAAGAAAAUUGUCUGCUGGGACACUCGCACCGGUGAAGCUGUUCAAGAAUACGAUCGGCAUUUAGGUGCCGUCAACACAAUCACUUUCGUCGAUGAGAAUCGAAGAUUUGUGUCUACAUCCGAUGACAAGAGUUUACGCGUUUGGGAAUGGGAUAUUCCUGUGGACAUGAAAUACAUCGCCGAUCCCACUAUGCAUUCCAUGCCUGCUGUAACGCUGGCACCAAAUUUGAAAUGGCUUGGAUGUCAAAGCAUGGAUAACAAAAUCGUCAUUUACUCUGCACUAAACCGCUUCAAACUCAACAGAAAGAAAACUUUCAAGGGACACAUGGUUGCUGGUUAUGCGUGUGGUCUUGAUUUCUCACCUGAAAUGAGUUACGUGAUUUCCGGCGACGCUGACGGCAAAGUCUUCGUUUGGGACUGGAAAACUACUCGAGUGCUGGCUAGGUGGAAGGCUCACCAAGCUGUCUGUAGUUCCGUCUUAUGGCAUCCUCACGAGACAUCGAAAAUUGCAUCAGCUGGAUGGGAUGGAUUAAUUAAGUUUUGGGACUAGAGAUACGUGUCAUUCAGGGUUUAUCAAUUUGAAAAAUGGACAAAUUUAAAAGGCUUGGCGCUCCGAUUUCACGUGAAUGAUUUAUGAGAAGUACAAAUCUUUUAACACAUACAAAUGCUUGUACUGUACUCACGUAACACACAAAAAAAGAAAAGAUAUGCGUUGUCUACAGUUACAUUCGUAACUGAAUUAUCCGUUUAAAUGCCCGAAGAAUUUCUUGACAUUCUAUCAAAGGUCAACGAACACAAGACAAACGCCCAGAAGUACUUAAGCCUCUUUCACAAAAGACACAAUGAAACACAAAAACAUUUAAACUAAGACUCUUAUUCUUUAUGGCAAUACAUUUUGUAUAAAAAUG